GAUCUAGUAAGUAGCAACUAACAACCCUGAAACUGACAGACUACUCCAACAAUAUUUAGUUCGUAUCACGGUCGUAUGUCGCAUGUAUCGUGGUCCGUAGUCCGUGGUUUGUAUAAAACGGAGAAUCUGUCGUCUGUACGGUGGUUUGACAAGAGCCAUUUGGUACCAAAAUUAAUUCCGAAACUGACAGUUUCACCACUGCAAUCACCAACUACAACGAAAAUCGAAACAAGGCACCAUUCGGAGAAAAAUGUCAAAAAUCGAAGAAGGAAAUGCUCAUAUACGACAAGCUGAGAAAAGCUUAAAAACAUCACUGUUAAAAUGGAGACCUGAUUUCGAAGUUGCGGCCGAUGAAUAUACAAGUGCAGCAACUUGCUUUAAAAUAGCGAAAUCUUAUCAACAAUGUAAAGAAUGCUUAAUGAAAGCUGCUGAUUGUUAUAAAGAAAAUAGAUCAUGGUUUCAUGCUGCAAAGAGUAUUGAACAUGCUGUUUUAAUUUGCAAAGAAAUGGGAAAUCUUGCAGAAGCACCAAAAUUAGCACAUAGUGCUUGUUCUUUGUAUCAAAUGCAUGGGUCACCUGAUGCAGGUGCAGCUGUACUUGAUAAAGCAGGCAAAAUGAUAGAAGCAACUCAACCACAAGAAGCACUAGAAUUAUUUAAACGAGCUGCUAAUAUUGUUAUGGCUGAAGAUAGUCCACGUCAGGCUGCAGAAUACAUGAGCAAAGUGGCAAGAUUAUUAGUAAAACUACAAAUGUAUGAUGAAGCAGCAGAUGCAAUUCGGAGAGAAAUUGGAAUGCAUCAACAGAUAGAUCAUGCACCCUCUGUUGGUAGAUUAACAGUAGCAUUAGUGUUAGUACAGUUAGCUCGAGCUGAUCAGGUAGCAGCUGAGAAAGCUUUCAAAGAAUGGGGAAAUUACUGUGAAGCUCCUGAGGUUAAUACAUUAGAAAUGUUAUUACAAGCAUACGAUAAUGAAGAUGCAGAUGCUGCAAGAGCAGCAUUAAAUAAUCCUUUCAUUAAACACAUGGAUGUUGAAUAUGCUAAACUUGCUAGAAGUAUACCUCUACCACAGCAACAAUAUGCAAUACCUCCUCCAGGAAUAAGAGCAAAUGCAGCAGAAUCAUAUACAUCUCCUAAUGCCUCAAAAUUGGUGGAAGAAACUACAACCGAAGUUCAAAACAUGAGUAUUAAAGAAUCUAAAGAUACUACUACAACGUCAUCUGAAGAUACUAUCGAGAAAGAAGAGGCACAAGCAGCACCUUCGAAAAACACAGGAAAUGAAGAAGAAGACGACGAAGAAUAUGAAGGAUUAUGUUGAUUGCAUAUUAUUAUUAUUAAGAUUAACUAUUUAUAUCUAGAAGUAUAAACAAAUUUUAUUUUGUAAAAGAUAUUAUAUUGCGUUAAUUCAGAUAUAUAUAUAUAUAUAUUUAAUGCCUAAAAAUAUUCUUUACAGGCAUACUAAUCAUAUAUACACACACAUAUACAUAUAUAUAUAUGUAUAUACAUAAAUCUUAAAUCUUGUUAAAUUCUUUAAUGCACUUUUACUAAGCAUUAAUUGAUGGUUAGUAAAACUUUAGUAAAAAAUACUUCGAAAAAUAUUCUUAAAAAUACUUUCAGAAAUACAUUGCUUACAAGGAAAUCUUUCUUAUUUAAAAUAACAGUUACAUAAAAUAUUUUAGAUAUAAUUCCUUAUACAUAUACAUGCUGCAAGGAAUCCUAUGACAAGAAGUAAAUAUGUAAUAUAUAUGCAUUUAUGUUGAAUAUAACAAUAUUUAAGAAUAUAAUCUUUAAAAAAUACUGUUCUCAUGUUGAUAUCCGCUUCAUAAGUAUUAUAUUUUUUUUGUUCUUAUAGAAUAUAUUCCGAUGAUUGCAGAUCUUAUGUCAAUAAAGAUGUAUAAACACAAAUAUAUUUUAAUAAUCUAAUUUCAUGUUUACGAACUGUAAAAAUAUAUAUAGAAAAAUAAAUUGUUACUGCGAACGCUUAAACACGUGUUGAUUCUCUUGAUAUUGUGUACAAGUUAAAAGAAAUGAGGUUAUGAAUAAACUGAACUCUCUAUACAUGUA